GGGGGUUGAGGACGCAGGCCUUAAAUGUUUACCAAGGGACCCCAAGAGGCCUGGGUUUAGCCUCCCUCUCUUCUGAUUGGCUUAGACAACUCUUCCUGUCAGCCUGUGAGUUUGUAAUUGGGUGAGAGAGGAAGAAAAACGGGGGACAGGCUUGCACAAGAUGGAGAAGAAGCACCAGCCUUGCCAGGAUGUCCACAGAUGCUUCCAGAUGUGAAAGGGUGAGACUAAACAUCAUGGCUCUCUCACUCGCCUCUAAUCUCCUGAUUCUUCUCAUUCUUUCCUCCCUGGAUUGGCUGCCCUCUCCAGGAUCUACAUUUCUCACAGACUGGGACCACACGACAUCAUCAGCUCUCAUUGAGCCUCAUUUUACUGAGUGUAUAUCAAGGGACCAGGAGACGUUCCGCUGCUGGUGGAGUCCUGGCACCUUCCACAACCUCUCCUCCCCUGGAGCACUCCGAGUCUUCUACCUUAAAAAAGAGUCUCCUACAAGCCAGUGGAAGGAGUGUCCCGAGUAUAUCCAUUCAAAUAGGGAAUGUUUCUUUGAUGCACAUCACACAUCCAUAUGGAUCACUUACUGCAUGCAGCUUCGCACUCAAAACAACAUCACCUAUUUCAAUGAAGAUGACUGUUUCAGGGUGGAGAAUAUUGUACGUCCUGACCCGCCAGUGUCUUUAAACUGGACCCUGCUGACUAUAAGUCCUUCCAGGCUAAAUUAUGAUGUCAUGGUUAACUGGGAGUCCCCACCUACUGCUGAUGUUAGGUUGGGAUGGAUGCGUUUGGAGUAUGAGUUGCAGUACAGAGAGGGAAAUACCACAAACUGGGAAGCAUUGGAGAUUCAGCCACACUCUCAUCAGACAAUCUACGGUCUGCACUUAGGAAAAGAAUAUGAAGUACACAUCCGCUGCAGGAUGCAGGUUUUCAUUAAAUUUGGCGAGUUCAGUGAAUCCAUCUUCAUUCAAGUGACUGAGAUUCCUAGCACAGAGUUUCCUGUCCAUCUCACACUGGUUUUUGUAUUUGGGACUGUGGGUAUCCUCAUACUCAUCAUGCUCAUAGUCAUCUCUCAGCAGAACCGAUUAAUGAUAUUUCUGCUGCCGCCUGUUCCUGCACCCAAAAUCAAAGGCAUCGAUUCAGAGCUAUUGAAGAAGGGGAAGCUGGAUGAGCUGAAUUUUAUGCUGAGUGGUGGAGGAAUGGAUGGCCUGCCCAUUUAUGCACCAGAUUUCUACCAAGAUGAGCCGUGGGUGGAGCUCAUGGAGGUCAGUGAGACAGAGGAUGUAGAUAGUGGAGAAAAGGAGGAUAACCGGGGCUCAGACACCCAGAAACUCCUGGGUCAGUCCCAACCUGUCAGUCAACACAUCAACAUAAGUUGCUCUAAUUCAAUCAGUGGUCCAGAUGCUGAGUCCGCCCAGGCCACCUGUUACAACACAGAUCUCCCUGAAGAAGAAACACUAAUGCUGAUGGCCACGCUUCUACCAGGACAACCUGAUGAAGAGGAAACCUCCCUUGAUACUGUAGAAAGAUCCUCAGCCUCUGAGACAGGUGAAAGACAGCUCAUCCAAACCCAAACCAGAGGGCCCCAGACCUGGGUCAACACAGACUUCUAUGCUCAGGUUAGCAAUGUUAUGCCCUCUGGUGGUGUGGUGUUGUCUCCUGGACAGCAACUCAGAAUCCAGGAGAGCAUCUCAGCCGCCGAGAAGGAGACAAAAAAGAAGCGGAAAGAGAGUGAAGACAGUGAGGAGUCUGAGGAACGGAAGCAAAAAGAGCCACAGUUUCAGCUGCUAGUAGUGGAUCCAGAAGGAAGUGCCUUCAGUACAGAGAGCAGUAUCCAGCAAAUCAGCACUCCUCCCUCUAGCUCUCCCAUGCCCGGUGAGGGGUACCACAUCAUACAUCCUCAGCCAGUGGAGCCCAGACCUGCAGCCACAACGGAGGUUAAUCAGUCGCCUUACAUUCUUCCUGACUCCCCCCAGUUUUUUGCUCCUGUUGCAGACUACACAGUGGUUCAGGAGUUAGACAGUCAUCACAGUCUGCUCCUUAACCUGCCUAGCCACCAGACCCCCCCUUCCUGCCUGCCACAGCACCCACUCAAGGCACCUAUGCCUGUGGGGUACAUUACCCCAGACCUGCUGGGAAACCUCUCACAAUGAAAUGACAAAGACAUCAGACCUUUACAUGUAAGGCUGAUUCACCAGGAAGUUACCCGCAGUCGUCCUAACCGAUACCCGUUGGAAACCAAGUAACUCCCAGCACACUGGGCGGCUGAGAUGUGUACGGGUGUCUAUUUUCAGAGGAUGCUGAAAGGCAGAUAUAAAAGGCUACAAGAUACUCUCUUAACUUCUUUGCAUCUGCUAAAGGCGUUCUUUCUUUUGAGGCAGCCAAAUAUUAACAUCAUAAACCAAAUGCACAGUUUGCUCUGUUUCGUCAGCAUCUCAUGCAUCCAUGCAUGAUUACAGUGAGCCAAGCAAACAUAAUAUCAAUGCUUAACUGCCUUGUGUUGCAUUGUAUCUCUGGCUUAUUGUGUCCAGAGCAAUGACACUGUUACAGUCUUAAUUUUACAGAGUGCUUUCAGUGCAUGACUGAUGGUGUGAGUUUUCACACCAAACAAAGGUCAUUGCUGGCGGUGAUGCUGUUUACCCCACGAGGUACUUUAUCAGUUUAUCAAUAGACCGUUCUUAUCUCAUCAUAUCAUAUUAGCACUUCACUAGAGAUAUAUUUUUUAUAAAAAAAAACAACCAAGUACACUGUUCAAUACCUAUCCAGAUUUAGCUUGCAUUCCAGUCUUCAUUUUAUCUAAAAGGUAGCUGUUCAUAUUUUCAGAGUAAGUAAUGGAAUUGAGGUCGUAUAAUGUCAAGCUAUGUUCCUCUUAACCUCUAGUUCAAUAGAAUGUUUAAUGCUUUAAACAAAUAGAAAAAAACAUCCAGCACGCGUAUACACACACAAGAGAUACCAAAGUCAGGGCAACAAACACCAACAGCAAAUUAAAGUUAGUCCAGUCACAGUUAUACCUCUUUCUUUUCGUGGAAAGUGCUUAAAGGAAAUCUGGGAAAUGAAGGAAACCACUAACUUACACAUAAGUAGACACAGUAGAGAAAUUAAAACACUUCAUGGACUAGUACCCAUAAUUAAUUGAAUAUCACACGCUGAUAUACAUUGUGUGGUUUGUUUGGGUUUUUUUUAGGUUAUUUAUUGACAUUUAAUUUUGACGCCAAGUUCAUACGUUGCACUGAAGUGCAGCACUUGUAUUAUGAGGAAGAAUUCUAUCAGUUUCACUCACAGCUGGGAGAAAACUAGGCUAUACGUUACAGAGCACCACCAAGUGCCUUGCUCAAGGGCACGUUGAUUAAGUAGUUUACCGGAGAGAAAGGGACACAUGCACACAGCUAGCAAUUCAGAGAGACUAGGGCAGCGUAUUUUUUUUUAACUUAAACCAUAAUGCUCAAGCUUUCUUCUUGGGGUUUGUAUUCCUCUGGUGUAAAUGAAGCAAGCUGAAAGACUGUGAAAGUAUACUUUAAAUGUAAUUAGCUAAAUCUUUCUACCUAUUAACUGCCAAGUGUUAACAGCCUGUGCCUAUAAUAUUAUAAGUGGCUUGCCAGUUCUGUGCUAUGGUACUAUGUUUAUGCAAUCACAACUUGUGCAUUUAUGCAUUGCUUUGUGCAGGCAAGAUCUAGAAGUGGACAGUGUAGGUGAACUGUGCAGAGAUAUCGCUUUUAAAAAUCUGCACAAGCACUGCAACGGCAACACGCACGUGCGUGCAUGCAUACAAGACAAUAAUGCGUAAAACUAUUUCCCUUAAUCAUAUUUUAGUCUUUGCCUCGUUCACCUAGUUUAUCAGCUGCAAACCACAAUAAGCAUCCUGCUAAUCAUGCUCACAAAACCUUUCAAAUCCAAAGUGAUUAUGAAAGUUUGUACUGACCACUUGCAAACUGACAUGUAUGUAGCUGCGAGCAUUCCUCCCCAAGAAAAGCUCAGUUAUAUAUUGUUGCUUAAUAAGUUAGAUAUCUUUAUAAUGUUUACAAUAAAUUUGUCCUGGGAAUUGGGGGAUUUUUGCAAUACAAUCAGAAUCAGAAUACUUUAUUAAUCCCGAAGGAAAUUAGGGUUACAGCAGGCAGCACGCUAAUGGCGCAUGCGCACAAUGUGGGUGAAAUCAAUCUGAAUCUGAACAACCUCCAUUUGGCAGCCUCCAAAUGAGCUUUUCUCACCAUAACACAAAUGUAUUCUACAGAGCAAAGGAAGCACAUCCAGCAUAGAAAUACAUCGUUAAUACAGAUAAGUGGAUAGAUGAGUCAGAUAAUAUAUGCCUUUUAAUCUGACAAUCUCAUAGCAAUGCAAGAGCCAUAAAAUGAUUUUUUUUAAUGGGAAUCUGAUAAAUAUGUGCCACUUCUCUCUAUCUCGCCUUUAUAUCUCAGCAUUAUGUCGUUGCAGCCUGGCGCGAAUGAUCCCAGCGAGUCCUUGCUGUUGCAGAAAAGUCUUAAUAUAUUGACUGUUGCUGUAAAAUUACAAGCAUAUAUAUUUUGCGUCAUUAGUAGUAGCCACAAUAUAUUGCUGCUCAGUGCAUGUAUAUUUCCCGCAUUGAGCCUUACUGUGGUGUCAGUCGAGAGAGCGCAACGAUCAUUAUAACAUGUACGUAAGUGUUUUGCAGGCGACGUCCGUAAUCAGUAGCAUUGUAACGUGACCGUUUCGCCCCGAGAAUCUUUCACAGUGUUUACACUCAUCCAAAGACCCCCAGAAGGCUCUCUGACUUUAUGAAGGAAGAUCAGAUCAUGGGAAAAGCACUGUUUUGAUCCUGUAUCAGUUGUACCAUGGUGAUUUUUAAAAGUGUACAAACUGAAAUGUGGAAAAAGGAAAAAAAGGAAGAAAAAAAAAGUUAAAUCUGUUAAAGUGUUUUUUAAAGGUUACAGUACGAUAGAAAUAUUUGGGAGGUGCUUCUUUUCUUCAAGCUGUGCAAAUGUUUACUACAUUUCAAAUGUUAUUUCAAGCUUAUAAAUGUUACAGACACUUUAGAAGAAGCACUUUGUACACGUACAAUAUAUAUCUGAUGUAGACAUAUUUUGUAUCAAGUGAGUGAAAAAAAACAGCGCUAUAAACUAGUAUUAUAUAUUUUCUAGUCAGCAGAGUAAUCAGAAAGUGAGGAACAGUAUCAGUGUCGAUAAGCUUCAGUUUUGUUUAAAGAACGUAUUUUACACAGAUUGCUUUUAACAGAUUACUAGAAAGAUGUAUUGUAAUGGAGUAUUUAAUAUUUGCUAUAAGAUUUAUAGAUAGAUAAAUGCAGAUUUUUAAUGAAGUCAUAUCAAAAAAGAGGCAGAGUGAAUAGGUAUAUUGUAACUCUGUGCUCGGACUUUCCUCCCGCUAUGUGAUUUCAGCAUUUCAUUAUUUGAAAGUGCAUUUUUUGACGGGGGUAAAAUAUUUUAUAAUGAUGCCUUUUAGCCCCCAGCCUGUCAGUCCAAGUGUGGCUUUUGUCGUUCUACAGUGUCUGGAAGUAGUUUUGCUGGAAUCUGUGCUGGUUGUUGCUCGUUAUCAAGCAAAGAGCACCGAGCCACACAUUUUUCAGCUUGUUGAGGAAACACUUUCAUUCUUGACUUGAGUACAGCGGUAUACAGUCUGAUUUUUAAUGACCUUCAGUGGUUUCACUCUCUUUCCUUCCAUGUGCUAUUUAUUUGUCUGCCCCACCACCUUAGCCAAAUUAACUGUGAAUGGUGCUGCAUGAGUAAUAUUUUCGCUGCAGUGUUGUCAUCUUGAUUAAUAAAGCUGGAAAUGUUCUGCAUGCCAAAAUCAGACCCAUCACCAUUGUGGUCUCAAGUAUGACGUUUCGGUUUGCAUUGGCUUGUUUUCUUCAUAUUUUGACACAAACCCCUCACACCCACCCCCUCCGUCCUUGGAGCCGCUGUCCUUGUCUGUUGGCUGCUGUUUUACUCGGGGCUAAGAACUUGUUUGUGAUGUUUAUUUGAUAUUGUUCUCUUGCCAAUUGAGCCUUUCUGAUGUUGUAUAUGUGAUCAAUAAGCUCUCGACAAGUUACAAAAUAAAUAUACAGCAUCUUGGUCAUUAUUUUUGUCGUGUUGUCUUCAAGAAUGAAAAAAUAAAAACGUUUUCAAAGGCAAAUCUAACUGCUAAUGCUGUUUACGAAGCGCCUUUCUAAGCUGCAUUUAACUCCAUCUCCAAUUUGUACGCUGUGUGUUGGACCAGUUAUUUUAUUUUCAACUAAUCUAGCGUUUUAAAUGCAAACGUAAACUAGACAAAUUAGAUUUCCCCGAGUUAUCGAGAUCGUGUUACUUAUUAUAGAUAAUUUACAACAGUGUUUAUGACUAAUUCCGUUUCAAGAUGCAGCUCAACAAGCUCUUCACAAGACCUCCCAAAACCACUGCCAGCUGUGUCAUUAAAAGUAUAAUAGCAUUGAAAGUGCAUACUGCACAGUAAAGGUCAGCUCAGAUCAGCACUGAGUGACAGAAGAAGGCUGUUAAUGAAGAAAAUUUGCUGCCCAAUGUGGUCUUAGAGUUUAAAUGCAAACAGAUUUCCGUGUGUGUGUCUGACAGAGAUGAACACUGGAAUUACAUCCGUGUAUGUGUGGCAGUUGGAGUGGGAAGAAUGUGCGCUUGUUUGUGAGAAACACAGAGGAACUUUGUGCGAAUGAGUUCACAAGCGUGUGAGUCUCUGUCGCUGCCGGUAUAAAUGGAGAGAAAACGGCUGCAGGAAACGUUGUGCAUCCGUGCAUCGAGGGGAAAGCAUAUCGGACAAUUAAGACAGGCUGUGUACUGCCCAGCUCUGUGUGGGGCUGAUUGAAUCAGAGAGACAGCCACUCACAGCUCUUUGUCUCAGGACAUUGCAGGUAAUUACCCAUAAGUCACUGUUCCUCUGUAUUGGAUCUUCAGCCCAAUUACGCCCACACAAGCAGUCCACCUCAGCUUCAUUUAUUACCUCCGGUUGCUUGUUGACCUUUUCAGACACACAGUCCAACAGGCAAUUCAGCUAUAACACUGAACAGAAGCUGGUGUGCUUUAAGUCUUUGAGAUAAUUUCACAGAUUUUGGAGCUGGACACUGGCAUCAUUACACCAAUGUUAGUAUAGAAAGAUGAGCUUAAGGUGCCCCUCUUCUAGAUGACACUUCUGUUAAUGUUUGUUGCAUCUAAAGCUAUUUUAAUAACAAGCAAACAGUCAUACAAUGCCAAACCAACAAGAACUCAUCAGUGCAAUCACUAUAAACCAGAAAUGUAAGCGUGUCAUCAGCAUGUGCAAGCAAAGUGUUUUCCUUUAGCCAAAUAAAUAAUUGCAUAACAUAAACUGGGAGUGCGAUGUGUGCUUUGCUUCUGCACAUUUGUCGAUAUGUUGCAGGAAACUAGAAACAGACACUUUGAUCCUUGAAAAUGUGAGAGUAACCCAAUAACCUAAGAAGUCCCUUUAUUUCAUUGUAUGAAAUGUAUGAAAAAUGCUAAUUUGGGAGGAUUUGUCAGUGAAUUUGUCAAUUAAAGGCUCUAUCAAAUCUGUAUGAAUGGAAGGGCUUCAACAGUAUACACAUCAGCUCGAUGGCUCAAUGGUGGUGUAGUGGUGGUUUAUUGUCUAGAUCUUUAUCGCCACCUGCUGAUACAUAUUUGGGAAAACAGUGAAAACACUUUUUACAGAAAUCAUCUCCAGAUCAUCUAAAGGGAAAAAGUAUCUACUCACAGAUUUCUGAGUUGCUGAAACAUUAAAUCCCACUCUCUAAAUCAGGAACUCCUCAGUGUCCUGAGCCAGCUUAUCAACUUUAUGACAGUUUUCAUCUAGUCGGAGACUAUUUGUGUGUGUGUGUGUGUGUGUGUGUGUGUGUGUGUGUGUAGUGGUAACCACAGAUAACAGGGGAUAAACGGAUAAACAUGACUGCAUCAGAAAUAUCAUUACUACAUUAUUACAUAACAAGAAACUUUAAUAGAGUAUGUUCAUACUAGCGCUUUGGGUGCCUUGAAAAGCGCUAUAUAAAUCCAAUCCAUUAUUAUUAUUAUUAUUACUUGUUUGUGGAAUGAUAACAUUUAAGAAUUUCCCAAUCAUUUCAACAGUGAUUUUUAACUGUUUUAGGCUAAUAGGCUAAUGUGUUUAAUAGUAUUAUUUACCUAUAUUUUCUUAUAAAGCGAUGUUUAUUUGUAUCAUAAUUUCCAUAAUAAAAUUACUUUUACUAGGUAAUGUUUUAUGUGACAUCUAGUAUCUUCACUUUUCCAUUUUCCCUUGAGCUUUGUAAAGGUGGGUACCCUCUGGAUGGGCCUCCUGUCCAUUACAGGAUUAACACAGACAACCAUACAAUCAUAAAAAUACUCUCACAUUUAAACCUACCUGGCAGCACCACUCAUAUUUGAGCUGAGAGAGGAAGGCAGUGAGAAUAUUUCCAUUUCCUAUGGAAAUGAGGAAAGCCAGAUAUCACACCAUUUUAGCAGACUUCCUUUUUUAUUCAUGUUUCAGUAAAUAGUCCAUUACUUCUUCUAGUGAGAGAAUCGUUUCCUUAUGUUGUAAAUUGCCCACAUGAAGGUGUAAGGAAGAUCAAUGUUUUUUUUUUUAAUGUAUGAGCACUGUUUUGAUGUAAACAGUAUCAGCUGUGACUACUGAAUUAAAUGGGACAGGAUACUAUAUUGCAGCUAAUAUGAUCCCCCUCAUUCACAUGUAAUAUAUACACUGAAAGAAAAAAAGAAGAUACUCGAAAACUAGAAGAGUAAUUGAGCCAUCUUUAUUCAACUCUCAUUUUUCACCUUGCAUACAAUUCCAAUACAGUUCUCUGUCCGAUCUUCAGGUUUUCAGGGUGACUGAUGUCUUCCCACUGAAACCAUCACUAAGAACAGAGCGUAUUCAAACAGUCAUUCAUUGCUUUACUCUCGUUUUCCUUGCUGUCUUCCUGAACUUCAAAAAAAAAGAAAAGAAAAGAAGCCUUGUAGCAAUGUGUGAACUCUGAAGGCUAAAUACCAAAUUUGGUAAAAAGAAAAGUGAAAGAAUAAAUUGUACUGUUAGUACUCAAAAUUUGAAGAUUUUCUCUUAUGGAAAAAGGUCACACCUGAGAUAUGUUAAAGCUUGUGCACAAAACAUGUGUUAGUUACUGCUGUUAUAUAUGUACUUAAGAAUGAUAAUCGAUAGAAUGCCCCACAAAAAAAUGAUUGGUCUAUAGUUUUUAGAUUUAUUUAAAUGUCUUUUAGGGGGUUUCCUCAGUAAUGGAUCAGUGCUAUUGGACUUCCCUAAUAAAAA